ACACCAUCUGCCUCACUUUCACCCUCCUCCCAAUGUCUCCGCAAUCCAGACAUCGUCUAUCAAUGCAUAGCCAACCUCAUCAGAGGAAGCCUAAAGUCACUAUGUGCACGGUUGCCAAAUGCACCAAGCAAGCACCGUCAUCAAAGCCAAUACUGGGAUGCGCCAGAUGUCAUGCCCAGGCUCUCGCCCUCCUCCCCGCACACCACCCGCAAUCCAGAUCCCCCUCCAUCAAUCAUCUCAGCAAUCAUGAGAGGACCUUUACCUUCCCCUCAGACACUAAUGCACCUCAUCUGCGGCUUGGUCCACCCCAAUUGCAGCUUUACCCUUUCCAACACGGCCAACCCCGCCAGCCACCAGGAACCAAUCCACCACGGAGAAAUCAGGACGCAACCCGAAUAGCUUGACUCGGGUGGCUGCGAGGCGCACAUCACACCUGAUAAAAUCGCCUAUAGCCUAAAUGGUGUACACAGCUUUCAUAAUGUUUACCACCCCCUCCUCUGAACAUGCCACAAAUCCGCCAGCAAACCUGGUGUGGGUUCCACCUACCUGGUCAUCGUGUCGCUCUUUCCCCCAUCUACAUACAGGGUUCUUUCCUUGACCCCCUUGAGGACCCCCGCUUCAUCAAAUUUCCAGCAAUAU